ACGUCGAAAGCAUUGUGGAAUGACAGACUCGCAGCUCCAAAAAGGUAGAUAUCUGAAGCUUCAAGCAGCGCUGACAGCCAGGCCUCAGCGAUUGCCGUAUCUCGUGUCACCAGGCUGCCCAAGCCCUGUCUGCCAUCCCUAAAGAUGUGCCAAUGCCGCAUGGUCUCCCAGACGCCUUCUGCCAGCUUCUCGCCAACCUUCGCCAAUCCUUGACAUCUCUGGGUCUUGCCUUUAAGCCUCCUGUCACGAUCCCUGCCGCUCUACAGCAACUCGAAAAGAUCUCUGAGCAGAUCAAUCAGCUCAUCAGUUGUGCCAUCAUGGCCAAAGGUGAACUGGGGAAAGAAUGGAAAGAAGGAAUUUCUGCCGUGGAGGGAGAACUUGAGAGACAUAUCCAAGUGUUGGAGAGCGGAGGGGAUUAUCUUCGAUCAACUGGUAUGGUCUGGGAAACUAUCGACCGGAUGACAAAGGACAUAUCGAAAGAUGAACGGUCCGCUGUCAUUAGGAGAUGGAAGAGUCACCAGAGUGUCAUCAAGGAUGCGUGGGAAGAGUAUAAAGAAACACUUGAGGGAGAUGGAGAAAACGAGGACGAUGGUUGGGAUGAAUUGGGUUUGGGCGAAGGCAGUCUGUCAGACGAGGAGAAGGCUCGCAGCACCGCCAUAAAACCCCUUCUCGCUCUCCACCAGCUUCUACAUGCCAGCAUGCCGAGAUAUCUCCCUCAACUCCCAGAGAAUGAUUUGACUCUCCUUUUGACCCUCUCUGAAAAUCUGAUUGAUGCUUACGACGAGCUCGUCUCUGCGACACAUCCCGGGCAAGAUGAGGAAGAGAUUCGAGAGGCUUCAAUUCGAUUACGUGACCUCUCCUUGAAAAUGGCCAGUGUCGUGACGGACAAAUCCAUCGACAAAUGGAAGGAAAGGUUUCAACAAGAGCAGGAGAAAUGGGAGAGUAGAAAACUGGACAUGUCCAAUUUGUCAGAGGCGUUACGGGACGCUUGACCGGAAUACACUAGAGUCUGUAACCUGUAUGAACACCCUCUGGUCACCGGCCGUCUCAGGUAUGGUGUCACUUCUGCUCUUGGGGGCAACAAAGUCAUGGACCGCAUCAUUGUCGUCGUCUCCGCGUGUUUGCAUGCCAAGGCCAUCUCUCAUUUCCGAUUUGAAUUCUGGUCGCUCUUUGGAACAGCGCUUCGCUUCUUGUCAUAUCGCUGUCCUUCAUGGCUCAUCGCUAGACGCUACACUUGAGUCUCCUCAUAGUGUCAGCGUAGAUCAGAUGGAAGAGGGCUACAUGAGUCUAACCAAAGACACUCGUGAAUGCACAUGCAGAUACUCUAAAGAUGAUCAUUGUUUCUCUAUGUGCAAGAGAUACCCUUCAGGCAGGGUGUGAUGAAGGAUCCGUGAUACUUGAGCCGUUCAGGAGAAGCAUUAUUUUACGGCAAUGUACGUAGCAACGCUUUGUUGUGUUUAUUACCGUUGUGGACCAUCCUGAAUGCUGGAGAGAGGGCGGUUGUGUAUUAGUAUUAGAACCCUCGGCAGU